AUAAUCCAAAUUAACACUUCUUUACAUUUUUAGCUUUAAAAAAUGGCUAUCUCUUUCAACAAUUGUUCCACUUUUAUGAUAUGUAUAAUUUUACUUUUGCCUGCAUUUUCCUUUGGUACUGAAAAUUAUUAUUCUAAAGCUACAUUUUAUAAGACCUCUGAUGGCAAAGGAACACCUACUGGAGCUUGUGGUUAUGGAGAGCAUGGAAGAUAUGUCAAUGAUGGACUCGUUACCGCCGCGUCAUGGAAGCUCUACAAGAAUGGAGUUGGAUGUGGUGCAUGUUAUCAGGUGAGGUGCAAGGACGAGGCACUAUGUAGCAACGAGGGAGUUAAAGUGGUGGUGACUGAUAGUGGUGAGGGGCCCGGAACUGACUUUAUUCUUAGCUCAGACGCGUUUGCCAAAAUGGCGAAGCAUCCAAAGCUAGCUCACAUGUUGUUCCCAAAGGGAGUGGUUGAUGUUGACUACAAAAGAGUUUCUUGCAAAUAUGGCAAUCUCAAAAUCAAAAUUAAUGAACAUAGCAACUAUCAUGGCUACCUUGCAAUAUUUCUAUUUAACAAUGGUGGCUAUGCUGAUAUCAUAGCAAUUGAAAUCUACGAUGUAAAAAGCUACAAAUGGAUACCAAUGAGGAGGUCAUAUGGAGCAGUUUUUGAUUUGGAAAAUCCACCAAAGGGAGAUUUGAAAUUAAAGAUUCAAAUAAAAGAAGGUGAAAAGACCAAAUGGAUUCACUCAGACAAAACUGUGAUCCCAGAUUAUUGGAAACCUGGCUCUAUUUAUGAAACUGAUAUUCAGAUUCCUUGAACAAAUACAAACAAAUGUGUGACAUAAAGUUGUUAAUUUAUAUAUUAUGGUUUGGAGUCAAAUAAAGUUUAUAAUUUAUCUAGGGUUAUCAGCAGCCAUUGUGGUUUUACUAA